AUGGCUGGCCCGGAUUACUAUGCCCCAAAGGACGCCGAUGCGGAUCAAGAUCUAGAGAGCGAUGAGAAGCAGGCAUGCAUUAGAUUCCACGAUCGUUCUGAUGAUGUAGCAACGCAAACUAGCGCCGGCCAUCGAAAGCGUAGGAUGUCUCGAGACAGCAUCCGCCGACGAAGCAUGUCAGCCGCCAAUACUGGCAUCCCUUUGGAAUUCCAAACACUAUCCAUUGGCCUCUCGGAAUCGAAACAAAUUUCGCAUGACGAUGACAAAAAGGAAAAGCUCAAAUCCGAGGAACUUGAUUACUUUGCGGGUCUUAAUUUCCACUCCCUCGCACCGGACCAAGUCUUAUAG